UUUACAACGUUUGUGCUUCGACUAUAUUCUUACUGCAUAAAGAUCUUAUUUCGAGAUCUUUAUUUCAAUCGAAGAAGGGAAGAAUUCAAAACUUUAUAAUGAAAUUCGUCCUGGCAGUAUGUUGCAUUUCUCUGAUGGUAGUUUUUACCAUUGCUGGCGUGCCACUACCACAACCAGGCGAUGAUCAGAGUAACCUGUCAAAGAAUUGUCAAAUUCCGAAGUGUCCAAAAGUGAAGAGUUUAGAAGAUCAAGAAAGAGUUUUCACUUUACCUUACCCUUUAGAUUGUUUACAAUAUGUCGAGUGUAGAGGAUCCGAUGCUCGUGUCUUGCCUUGCCCACCUGAUGAAGUCUUCGAUAAGAACACUUUCACAUGUGGGCCUCGCGAUAAAGUGCGCUGCGUGCCCUGUUACGAAGAACCUCCUCAAUGAUGAUUCUUCAAUUUUUUAAAUUAAUAACAUAAACCCAC